AUGGAUCAAAUAGAUGGUCAUUCAGAGGAGGAACCUGGCCUUACUUUUGAGCAAUGUGUUGCUCUUUGCAUUGCGAAGGAGCGGGAGGCCCAGAAGAGACAGCAACAGCCAAAACUUGAGGCAGACAAACAGUGUGCUAGGAAAGAGCGGACAGUAUCAAACUUCCAUUGCUCCUCUCCCAAGAUCACUGCUGCUGCUCUACUUCAAUGUCACCUGCCACCUGAACCAACUACUGAAGAAGUUGAACAUUGGGUGCAAUAUGCUUCAAAACGGACUCAAUAUUUAGAUGUCAAUAUUCAACAGAAGAUGGAGGAGGCCUUUGCCAGGAACCCCUUGGCCAAUGAAUGUAAUGCUACCCGCUUAUCCAAUGCUGAAGUCAAAUUUUGCCAAUGUGGCUUUUAUUUGAUCAAUUCCCAAUGGAACAGCUCAACUGCAACUCUUUGGAACAUGGCUAUGUUGGACACCUUAGUUACUGGCUGGUCAGAUGUUUAUAAUGCUCGAGCUGUACCCACUGGAUUUCCAAUCGACACUAGUCUUAAUGUUCCACUUGAACCAAGGGAUAUCCUUUCUUGCUGGAUUACCAACAAGCACAGACUUUGUGAUAAACAGGCUGCAGCAGUUGAGCCCUACUUUUGCCACUUUGCCGGGCCAAUCAAAGUCCUCCUCAACUCUAAAGAGGUUCAUUCUGAGACCAAGAUGGACGCCGUGAAGCCUGGCAAGUUUAGGAAGAUCAAGCUCAACUGGCGGACACCCGAGCUUGAUGAAUUGAUUCAACUCGCUGAUAAAGCAGCUCCCAAAAGGGAGGGCACCAAAAAACAAAAAGACAAGUCAUUAGAAUUUUUCCAAUCCAGAGGGGAAUAUUUGCCAAAUAUUCCUGAUGCUGAAGAUCAACUUCCUCCUAAGAUGCUUCCCAAAUGCCUCAUCAAGCCUGAGAUACUGACUGAAGGGAUUGAUGAGAUCACAAUAGAUAGUUUAGAAUUGUCAGACACCACAGUUGAUCUCAAAACAGCAAUUGAUCUUUUGAAACAGAAGCUGGGAAAAGGCAAUGCCAUGACAAUUUCAUCUUCCUGA